UCCAAGCAAACCCAGAGCUCCUUGACUCUCUCUGACUGUUUCCGCCAUGUCCACACAGCACGAGAAACUUCACAUAGCGCUGUUCCCAUGGCUAGCCUUUGGCCACCUGAUCCCCAACCUCGAGCUUGCUAAACUCUUAGCUCAAAAGGGUCACGUCGUCACCUUCAUAUCCACUCCAAGAAACAUCCUUCGUCUUCCCAAACUGCCUCCACAUUUGUCUCCCAACAUCAAUUUUCUCAAGCUUCCUCUUCCUCAAGUCCCCAAUCUCCCAGACGACGCAGAAGCCACCAGUGAUGUUCCCUACAACGUAGUUCAAUACCUUAAAUUAGCAUACGAUACUUUGCAACAACCUUUGACUUGCUUCCUUGAAUCUUCAAACCCCGAUUGGAUAUUCUACGAUUUCGUUCCUUAUUGGGUUGGAUCCAUCGCUUCCAAGCUCGGUAUCAAGAGCGCGUAUUUCAGUAUAUUUAAUGCUUCAUUGCUUGGUUUCCUCGGGCCAGCUCCGGUUUUGAUGGGCCAAGAGUCGGUCCGGACGAAGCCCGAAGACUUCACCAUCAAGCCCUCCUGGGUUCCGUUUUCCUCCACCGUGGCAUGGCGUUACUUCGAGAUCAUCAAAAUCUCAGACGGCAUCAAACACAAUGACUCGGGUGUUUCAGAUUUGUAUCGGUUCGGUGCCAGUAUCGAAAACUGCGAUAUCGUGGUCAUUCGGAGCUGUUCCGAAUUCGAACCCGAGUGGCUUCGAGUACUUGAAGAGAUCCACCGGAAACCGAUCCUCCCCGUCGGCCAACUUCCUAACACCAACCAAAACAGCGACGCCGAGGACAAGAACGACAUGUGGCGGCUGAUUAAAGAUUGGUUGGACCAGAAAGACAAAGGUACAGUGGUCUACGUGGCUUUCGGGAGUGAGGCGAAACCGAGUCAAGCAGAGGUGAACGAGAUAGCGCUUGGCCUGGAGAAGUCGGAGCUACCAUUUUGCUGGGCUUUGAGGACCCGGAGGGGACCAACUGACACGGAGGUUUUGAGGUUACCGGAAGGGUUCGAAGAGCGAACGAAAGGUCGCGGGUUGGUUUGCACCGGUUGGGCUCCACAGUUGAAUAUCUUGGGUCAUGACUCGGUGGGUGGAUUCUUGACUCACUCGGGCUGGUCGUCUGUUGUGGAGGCGGUUCAGGAGGAGAAACCCCUUGUGCUACUAACGUUCUUAGCGGAUCAAGGGAUCAACGCUAGGGUUUUGGAGGAGAAGAAGAUGGGAUAUUCGAUUCCCAGGGACGAGCGAGACGGCUCUUUCACUAGUGAUUCCGUCGCCAACUCAUUGAGACUCGUGAUGGUGCAACCCCAGGGAAGGGUCUAUCGAGAAAAUAUAAAAGAGAUGAAGGACUUGUUUGUGAACAAAGAGAGGCAGGAUCAGAGCGUAGAUGGUUUACUCGAUUAUCUCAAAGCCCACAGGAAGUCAGGAACCCAUAACAUGAAUUGUUAUUGAUGUUCUCAAAAGUCAAAAUCGAUGGAACUUUUAAGAUUAAAGCUUUGGUGACAUUUUUUGUAAAAUUAAAAACGAAAAAAAAAAAAAAGAAAAGAACCAGACCCAACCUUUCGUCUUCUCCGAUCAUCUUCUUCACUUUUUCUUUCCCCUUCCCCUUCUCCUAUCGAGCCAGACCGGCUUCCUUUCCCUUUCCUUGUCUUCACUGGCCUUCUCCUUCCUCCUCUUCUCCAAUCGAACCAAUCCCCCUUCUCCUUCAUCAUCUUCUCUAAUUGAUCUGAUCGAACCAAACCCCUUUCCCCUUCGUUGCCUUCUCUUUCCUCCUUGUCUGCAGAUCAGAUUUGCCAUCUUGAUAAGGCCCUCGAGACUAGAACCAUGUUUGAUGCUGAGACGGUGGAGAUAUUGCCUUCGAUCCAAGAGGCUGCCAUCGAGAUCUACCCUUGUAGCUGAAGCCAUUACCUUCAGUCAAGAGUGGGCAGUUAUGCGUGUGGUGAUGGAAUCGGAGGCUUAUGUUUGUGUGGUCUUGAUCGGAGACUCGGGCAAGUGUAGUAUCCUGGUUCAUGGCUUCGGAUUCGUGUUUGUGUGGCCAAUGCUUUUCAGCUUUGUGUUUUGAUCCGAUUCUCGAACUCACUACCUUACCUUCUCAAAGCGGCGCUGAUCGGAGACUCAUGCAUCGGUAAAUCCAACUUCCUCUCUUGAUUCACUUGAAACAAGUUCGGCCUCAAGUCUAGGUCCACUACUGCGGUUGAUUCAAAGGUUUGAUUGCGAAGUUCCUUUGAUUCUUCUUCUUCAACAACGAUGAUUUUGGGUUGGAAGGUCUGGGUUUGAGAAUUGAUUUUGGGUAUUUCAUCUUCUUUGGAUAUUAAUUUUGAUUUUUGUUUAUUUCGUUGUAAAAUGUGGAGCUUGCUGGAUUGUUAUUGUGCCAUAAUGGACCUAGAAUUUUUGUGUAAAUGCCGGAAUGGUGAUUUUGGUUUGUUAGAAUUCUUGCCUAUGGA